CGCAAAACACGCCGUUUUCUAGUGUUUCCUCCUGCCUGAGUGUCUGAUCUAGCGGAGGUGGGAGCUGCAGUCUGUUUGUCUAAAGUGAGCUUUAUGCAAGAAACUCGCGCAGUGUUUCCAGUUUCUUUUCGCACUAAUCUGUGCUUCUGAUUUCCGGCAUAUACUCCAGUCAUGGCUCUUUCUACAUGUAAGAAAACUUCUUCCGAGAAAACACCGAUUUUCCAGAAGACUCCUGAGGGCCUGGUGUACAGGAUCCCGUCACUGAUCUACAUUGAGGACAGUCACACAUUGCUGGCCUUUGCAGAGGAGCGCACCUCUCCAUCUGAUGAUCAUGCGAAGAGCCUCGUCUCGCGGGAGGGGAAGGUAUCCCCCGAUAAAACCAUUGAGUGGUCACCCUUACAAAGGCUGAAUUCAGCAAGUUUGCCGGGUCAUCGCACCAUGAACCCCUGCCCAGUGUAUGAGAAGAGCUCCAAAAUGAUCUUCCUCUUCUUCAUCUGCGUCAAGACUGAAGUAUCGGAACAGCAGCAGAUUAAAACCGGUAAAAACGCUGCCAGACUUUGCUGUGUCACCAGGAAAGAGGGGGAGCAGCGCUGGAGCGCCGUGAACGAUCUGACUGAGAUUGUGAUCGGAGCAGAGAUUGCCCAGUGGGCCACGUUUGCUGUGGGGCCCGGACACGGCAUCCAGCUGGCGAGUGGGAGGUUGGUGAUUCCAGCCUACAGGUACUGCGUGACCAGCAGGAACCCGCAAAGUGCCCGGCCCUAUGCCUUCUACUUCUACAGCGACGACAAGGGUAAGAAUUGGAGGCUGGGUCAGAAUGUGGAAGGAGAGUCCUGCGAGUGCGAGAUGGCUGAGAUCAGGGAUGACAGGGGCCAGACCCGCCUGUACUGCAACGCCCGACACAUCAACCAGGAGUGCAGGGUGGAGGCUUGGGGGAAAAGCCAAGAGGUCUGCUUCACAACGUUCUAUCCGGCUCCGAAGCUGGUACAGGCACGGUUCGGGUGCCAGGGCAGCGUGGUGAGCCUUCCUGCGCCAGAAUCCCAUGCAGGCUCAGGCACCAGGUCCUGGCUGCUCUUCUCCCAUCCCACCAGUACCAAGGGCAGGCUGGACCUGGGGAUCUACCUGAACAAGAACCCCUUCCAGCAGUCGAGCUGGGAGCAGCCCUUGGUGCUGAACCCCGGGCCCAGCGGAUACUCCGACCUGGCGUCCUGUGCUGAUUACGGCUUCUUCGCCUGUUUGGUGGAGUGCGGUGAAAAAAAGGAGACUGAGCAGAUAGCUCUGCUGCGCUUUAGCCUUGAUGAUGUGCUGAAGGCUAUCGAUAUGUUGAUCAAGUUUGGAACCUCCCAGUUUCUUCCAAUCCUCCUGCAGCAAAUAUCCCCGUAGCCUCAUAAAUUCUCUAUGCAUGUCGUCAGUUAUGUUAACCCUUCUGCAAGCUCUACUAAUGUCUCUCAGGGGUGGUGUGACCCAUAAGGCCUUAAAAAUGUGUGUAGUCUUUAAAUAUAGAAAGCUUAAAAAUCUUUGAAGAGCUCCAUAAAAACUCUGAUGCGAUGUGUGUGAUUUUUAUGUAUAACAUGCAAGAACUUUAAAAAUAAAAUCAUUAAGUCAGACUGUG